AUGGGCUCUACAGCAACCUUUCCCCGCAUCAAAGAGGUGCGCACUUUCCUCAUUGAUGGAGUGGGAUCCGGCGGUGAUUACCACAAUGUCAAAGGAGGUCAUUGGCUGGUAGACAGCGACAUCUCGACUCCCAUGACCCGAUGGGCUCAAUACCGUGGCUCCCGCACUUCGUGGGGAAUCAACGUUCUGGGGUCAUUCUGCGUCGAAGUCGAGGCUACGGAUGGCACCAAGGGCUUUGCGACGGGAUUCGGUGGUCCCCCGGCCUGUUGGUUGGUGCAGCAGCACUUUGAGCGAUUCUUGAUCGGCGCAGACCCUCGAGAUGUGAACGAACUCUUUGAAAAGAUGUACCGGGCCUCUAUGUUCUACGGGCGCAAGGGUCUCCCCGUUGCGGUCAUCUCGGUGAUCGACCUGGCCCUCUGGGAUCUUGUGGGCAAGAUCCGCAACGAACCCGUAUACAAGAUGAUCGGCGGUGCGACUCGGUCGCGGCUCAACUUCUACUGCACCGGACCCCAGCCGGCCUCCGCCAAGGCCAUGGGCUUCUCCGGCGCCAAGGUCGCCCUCCCCCACGGCCCUGACGAGGGGACGGAGGGACUCCUGAAGAACCUGGCGUACUUGCGCAAGCAGCGUGAGAGUGUUGGAGCCGACUUUCCCCUGCGUGUGGACUGCUACAUGUCCUUGAACGUGCCCUACACGAUCGAGCUGGUCAAGCGGGCCGAGGCGGAAGGAAUCAACAUCGACUGGUGGGAGGAGUGCCUUACCCCCGAUGACUUCGACGGCCAGGCCCUGCUGAAGAGAGCGCACCCCACCGUGAAGUUCACCACCGGCGAGCACGAGUACUCCCGGUUCGGCUUCCGCAAGCUGGUCGAGGGCCGGAACCUCGACAUCCUACAGCCGGACGUGAUGUGGGUUGGAGGUCUGACCGAACUGCUCAAGGUCUCUGCGCUGGCCGCGUCCUACGACCUCCCCGUCGUGCCCCAUGCCUCGGGCCCUUACUCCUACCACUACGUGGUCUCGCAGCCCAACACCCCCUUCCAAGAGUAUCUGGCCAACUCGCCCGACGGUCAUACCGUGGAGCCCGUAUUUGGCAACCUUUUCUUGAACGAGCCCAUUCCCACCCAGGGAUAUCUGGACGUUUCUGUCUUGGACAAGCCUGGAUUUGGUCUGGAGCUGAACCCGGCCGCUCCCUUGAUUCCGGCCGCCAACAUUCUGACUCCUGCACCUCAGAGAAGCUUGCCUGCACCGACUGACCAUGAGCAGGGAGCUAAUGGAAACCAUUGA